AUGGACCACACUGAAAUGGACUGGACUGGACUGGACUGUUCGGGAUUGGACUGGACUAGACUGGACAGGUGUGGAGAGGACUGGAAUGUACUGGACUGGACUGGACUGGACUUGAAUAGAAUGGACUGGACUGGACUGGACUGGACCGGACAGGACUCGACUGGACUGGACGGGACAAGACUGGACUGGACUGGAUUGGACGGGAUUCGACUGUACUGUACUGGACUGGUCUGGAUUGCAAUGAACUGGAUUGUACCGGACUGGACUAUACUGGAAUGGACUGGACGGCAAUGGACUGGACUAAACUGGACUGAACUGCAAUGGACUGUCAGGGGCGGAUCGGACUGGUCUAGAAUGGACUGGACUGGACAGGACUAUGCUGAACUUGACUGA